AAGGAGGUAAUUAAACCAGACUUUCCUGUUGUUACCUCAACAGGUGGCGAGGAUGAUGUUGCAUAUAAACCGAUCAAAUCCGGCAAGGCGCCGCAGCAGCGUAGCUAUCGUAAGCGUCGUAGUUCCGAAGAUUUUGAACAAGAUGAGACUGGUGCCGAUACGGAAGUCAAAAAGGUGCAUUUGACAAAUAAUAUUGAUGCGGAUUCCGACUUCAGCAUAGACUCGGCGACAGAUGACGAAAGCGAUGUGAAAAAAGAGGUUGAUGCGAAACCAACACAGAAGACAAAAGAAGUAUUAGCGGAAGCAAAUGCCACUUCAGUAGCUAUAAAUUUGGACGCCUUAAAGAAGGAAAAGUCAGAUAACCACUGUGCAAAAGAAAAUAAAAUGAACCAAACAGAUGAGGCAGUGUCAUCAGUCCCGGAGUCCACUGCACCUGUCGAUGUAAAGCCCAAAGUCAAAAGAGAUAAAAGUGAGAUAUGGAAAAAACGUACUGUGGGUGCACUCUUUGACGCGGCAGUCCAACGAUAUUAUGAGCGGAAAGCUGCAAGGAAUGCAUAAAUAAAUUAGCUAUAAAUAACUAGAGACAUUUUAAGUUUUUUAUUUUAAAUAUACUACAGGCAUAUGUACAUUAGGCUGCAUCACUCUCCAUACAAAAAAAA